AUGACAAUCUUAUCAGGGUUUGGAUUGAAUGAGGUUUAAGUAGAAAAAAUGACACCUGUUUUUUUGAAAAAUGAUAUAAUAUUGGAUUAAAAGAAUGCAAUAAGAAUGGCUAUAAUAAGAAUAGAUGAAAAUCCUCCAAAAAUGGUUGUAUAUGUUUUCUAUCUGUUAAUAUUUAAUGUAAUAGACUAUCCAAAGAUAUCCAAUCCCUUGAUCACUCUAGAUUAAUAAAAUCGUUACUAGUUAUGA